AUGGUCAGCCCCCAGAUCACCAACCUGAUCAUCAUGCUCGGCAUGGUGCAGGUCUCCCGCAAGGUCCCCUUCGAAGACCCCAACGUCCUGAACAUGUGCCGCGCCGGCUACAUUGCCAGCAACAUCAUCAUCGCCAUCAUCUACCUCUACGUCCAGGCCCAGAUUAACAAGAAGAAGGACCUUACCACGCUCAAGUACGUCGAGCCACCAGCGAUGGGAUCCGCCGAGGAGGGCAAGCUUGUCACCACCACCAUCCACGCCUACGACACCACCCAGCUCCGCCAGGCCUUCCGUUCCCAGGCCAUGGGAAUUGCCAUGAUGGCCUUCAUGCACAUCUACAUGAAGUACACCAACCCCCUCCUGAUCCAGUCCAUCAUCCCCCUCAAGAGCGCCCUCGAGAGCAACCUCGUCAAGAUCCACGUCUUUGGCCAGCCCGCCGCCGGCGACCUCAAGCGUCCUUUCAAGGCUCCCGCCGGCUUCAUGCAGGGUCUCCAGAGCGGCCCCGCUGCUAGCGACAAGAAGGCCAUUGAGACUGCCGAGCGUGCCGGCCGCGGUGGUGCCAAGGAGGAGUAA